AAUAAUAAGAGUACAGUAUAUCACUAGAAUUCUAUACUUUAUAUCUAACAGUGACAGUGUAUCAGUUUAUAAAACAUUUUUAUAAAACGAUUUUCGUCAGCAAGAAUUUAAAAAUCUAUAGAAAAUGGCUGUCUUUGAAAUUCUUUGUGGAUUUAUUAUAUUUAUUUUCGCCUUUUAUUAUUAUCUAUUGAAACCUCAAGAAUAUUGGAAAAAUCAUGGGGUACCUGGACCCAAGCCAAUACCAAUUUUUGGCAAUUUUUUCCGUUUAACAUUCGCAACUAUGUCGAUAGGUGAUUUGAUGACAAAAUUUUAUAAAGAAUAUAAACAUGAGCCUGUGUUUGGAUUAUAUAUUCGAAACGUGCGUGUUCUGGCUAUAAAUGAUCCUGAUUUAAUCAAAACUGUUCUCAUAAAGGAUUUCUCAAAAUUCGCCCAUCGUGGACUUGCUCUGAAUGAGGUGACGGAACCACUUUCUCAGCACUUGUUCGUUUUGGAACCAACAAGAUGGCGGCCAUUAAGAACGAAAUUGUCCCCAAUAUUUACAUCGGGCAAACUGAAGGACAUGUUUUCCCUGAUUAUCGAGUGUUCUAAUACCCUCGAGAAUUAUAUUGAACACUUGAUAUCGAAAAACAAUCGUGUCGAAAUACGAGACUUGGCUGCCAAAUUCACCACUGACGUAAUUGGCAGUUGCGGGUUUGGAGUCGAUAUGAACGCUAUGUCAGACGUUCAAUGUAAAUUUCGCGAUAUAGGAAGAGAAUUUUUCGGUCCAAACUUUAAACAGAUAUUGAAGAUCAGGCUUAGAGAAAAUUUACCAAGAUUUUACACGUUUUUGGGUUACAUAUUGCCACGAGAUGAAACUACUACUUUUUUCACGAAUGUUGUUUUGGAUAUGAUAAAAUAUAGGAGGAAAAACAAUAUCUAUAGGCCGGACUUUAUCAAUACUCUUAUGAAUAUUCAGAAUCAUCCUGAGAAAUUGGAUAUAGAAUUAACGGAACCUUUGCUAGUUGCACAAGCAUUCCUUUUCUUCGUGGCUGGCUUCGAAACCUCAUCGUUAACUAUAGCUACUGCCCUUUACGAAUUAGCACAAAAUCAAGAUAUUCAAGAUAAAUUAAGAGAUGAGAUUACAGAACAUCACAAAUUGAACAAUGGAGAAUGGCAAUACGAAAAUAUUAAAAACAUGCCUUAUUUAGAUGCUGUGUUCAAAGAGACUUUAAGAAAAUACGUACCUUUAACAGUUUUAAUGAGACAAAGUUUGGAAGACUAUACUUUUGAAAGCAUAAAGUUAACUAUUCCAAAGAAUACGAGAAUCUUUAUUCCUAUAUAUGCUAUACAUCGUGAUCCUGAUAUCUAUCCAAAUCCCGAAGUGUUUGAUAUUAAUCGAUUUAGCAAGGAAGCAGAAGCGACAAGACAUCCUAUGCAUUAUUUACCUUUUGGCGAUGGUCCAAGAAAUUGCAUUGGUGCACGUUUUGCAAUUUAUCAAACAAAAAUUGGUCUGAUAAAAAUCCUCCGUAAUUACAAGGUUGAUAUUUGCUCUAAAACAUUAAUUCCUUAUAAAUAUGAUCCUUUUUCGUUUAUCUUAGUACCGUUAGGUGGUUUAUAUUUGAAAAUGACUAAAAUACAAGAUUGAAUAUUUACUAUUAAUUAAAUAUUUAUAUUUAAUUAUGUGCGCAAUUUAAUUGUAUUUAGGAAAAAAUUGCAUAGUACUUAAUUAAAUUGUACAUAAAUACUUGUUGUGAAU